AUGUAUUUACAAAAAGAGAUGAAAGAGAUAACUGAAAAGAAGAGUGGGCAAGAUCUACUAGAGAUCAAUGAUGAAAUUCUCGAAUAUAAAAACACCUUUUCUAAGACCUCUACUAUAGAAUUAAGAAAAGCAUUGAAUACUCCACAUCCUCAACUUAAAGUCAGCUUCAAUCUACAAGUGGAUUUUGUUUACAAUCAUAUAAAGACAACAGUGGCUGAUUGA